AUACCACCCUCUUUCAGAGUCUCAGAUCUCAUCUCUCAUUUUUUAUUCACAUCCUCACACACACACACUCUCUUUCUCUCCAAUGGGUUUUCCGGCAAACGGCGCGGCGGCAUCGGACAGGAAUUUGAAGUUUCUGAUCUAUGGUCGGACCGGCUGGAUCGGUGGCCUGUUGGGGAAGCUGUGCGAAGCUCAAGGGCUGGAGUACAGCUACGGCUCAGGGAGGCUCGAGAACAGGGCGUCGUUGGAGGCGGAUCUGGCGUCGGUGAAGCCCACACAUGUUUUCAACGCCGCCGGAGUCACUGGCAGGCCGAACGUGGAUUGGUGCGAGUCGCAUAAGGUAGAGACUAUCCGGACCAAUGUGGCGGGGACCUUAACGCUGGCGGAUGUUUGCAGAGAGAAAGGUUUGGUGUUGAUUAACUAUGCCACCGGCUGUAUAUUCGAGUACGAUGCGAAUCAUCCGCUGGGGUCAGGUGUCGGGUUCAAGGAGGAGGAUACGCCCAAUUUUAUCGGAUCUUUCUACUCCAAGACCAAGGCCAUGGUGGAAGAUUUGCUCAAGAACUAUGAGAAUGUAUGCACGCUGCGUGUCAGGAUGCCCAUCUCAUCCGAUUUAUCCAACCCUCGCAACUUCAUUACGAAAAUCACCCGGUAUGAAAAGGUGGUUAAUAUUCCAAACUCGAUGACCAUAUUGGAUGAGCUUCUUCCCAUCUCCAUUGAGAUGGCAAAGAGAAACCUCACCGGAAUCUGGAACUUCACAAAUCCUGGAGUGGUCAGCCAUAAUGAGAUUUUGGAGAUGUAUCGGGAUUAUAUUGACCCCAAUUUUGCAUGGAAGAAUUUCACUCUCGAGGAGCAAGCUAAGGUGAUUGUUGCCCCAAGGAGCAACAAUGAGCUUGAUGCCAGCAAAUUGAAGAAGGAAUUCCCCGAGCUCAUGUCCAUCAAGGAGUCCCUCAUAAAAUACGUGUUCAAGCCAAAUCAGAAGGCCACAGGGGCUUGAAGCGGUUAGGCUUAUAACUCUCAGUUUCUUUAUUGCUAUUUAUUACAUUUUGUUGAUGUGGGUUGAAGUAAUCUUGGUAUCCAUGGUUGCCUCUUCCCAAGUGAAAUGAAUGAUUGAGCGUAAUAUGUUUUCGGUUGUUGUAUUUAUAUUUAACUUGAUCAUGAAUAAAUUAGUUGGGAUGUGAUUUAUCAACUCA